CCCACUUCCAUUUGAUUAAGUCCCUCCUCAUUCUUCCUCCGCUCUUCAGCACUGCUCCGGAACCCCUCCGGUCCGCUGCCCUCUCAGCGCGAUCGCUGGGGAUUCUAGCUUUCUCGUCAUUUGCUCCGAUUACUACUAGUGUUUGAUUUCUGGUUGCGGAGAAUGAGCGAUCAUCUCGCUUUGUAUGUGGAUCGAUUAAUUCGGCCGGUGCCCGUUGAUUCGGAGCUCAGCCCGAUUGAGGUUGUUCCUCUCUUGCCGGUCGCAGGGAACUUGGACGGCGAUUCAGUGGGCUUGUCUAAUUCGACGUCCAAUUCCAAUGCUGAUGAGAGGGAAGAAAAGAAUGAGGGUUUGGAUGGAGAGGAUGAUUCAUUGAUUCAGACAGCGGAGUGUCGCAUUUGUCAGGAUGAGGACGUGAUUAAGAAGCUCGAAACCCCAUGCGCCUGUAGUGGAAGUCUUAAGUAUGCUCAUCGGAAGUGUAUACAGCAUUGGUGCAAUGAAAAAGGGGAUAUCAUUUGUGAGAUUUGUCAUCAGCCUUACCAGCCUGAUUAUACAGCUCCACCACCUCCCCCUCGAAUUGAAGAAACGUCUAUUGAUAUUGGGGGACGGUGGACCAUUACUGGCACACCUUUGAGUUUACACGAUCCUCGCCUUUUGGCUUUUGCAGAGACUGAGCGUAAUUUAUUGGAAGUCGAGUAUGAUGAAUAUGCUGCUUCUGAUGCCGGUGGAGCAGCAUUUUGUCGAGCAGCUGCUCUUAUUCUCAUGAUCCUACUUUUCUUGCGCCAUGCAAUGGAAGUCUCAGAUUCUGAAGACGAUGAUUACGUGUCUGCGUUCUUCUCUAUUUUCUUGCUUCGAGCAGCUGGUUUUCUCUUGCCCUGCUACAUUAUGGCUUGUGCAAUCAGCAUCUUGCAACGUCGACAACGAAGACUGGAACGGGAGGCCGUAGUCUUAGGUGCAGCACAAGUUGCUUUUAUGCGCACUUUCAUGAGGACCUCAAAUGACUUCCCACCAGGACACUGUUUAACGUACAUAGUGCGUUGAAUAUCAAGCUAGACGCCUCUGACUUCCCAGAUCCCCUCGUUGAAAGAACAAGGAACAGCAUAUAGAAGAGCAGUUGGAGUCGGAACAAGAACCAAGUAUUGAGUAAACUUUUUGUCACCUAGAAAACUGAUUUAAUGAUAUAUAUGGGCGGUCAAAUAGGCAAAAGAAGGCGAUGGUCGAUAAACUUUCAAGGGGGGAUUUGUUCCAACAGUCAUAAUUCAUGCAUUAAAUGAUAGCUUCAUAAUCAGUCAUGCUUCUUCUUGUUUGUUUGCUCUAGAGCAGGUGCACAAAAGAAGGGCCACACACCAUCAGACAGAUCCAAGAAGUCCAAUUGAUGCAACAAAAGCAGCAUAAGCUCAUUCUUAAGGGUGUUUCCAGGGAGGAUAUGCACAAAAAAAGGGGAAAUCCAUGGCGCCUGAUCCACAUCAAGUCAUCAAUCAACCAAAAGAAGAGGUUCAUUUCAUUUGUUUUGAUUACAAAAGGGAAUAAUAAUAAAAGCUGAUGCAUGAUGAACCUGUUGCCAUUUUUAGUAUCUGUCUUAUUGUUCUUCAUAAUGGUGCAUUCAUUUCCUUUCCUUUCCUCCAUGCAUUUUCUUUGAUUAGCUGGAAUUACACUAAUAGAAAUGAUCAUUUAUGACCAAA